CGGCGAGUGGGGAGAGGGCGCCCAGUUGGCCAGGUGCUGCCGCCGCGUCGAGUUCGGCGCUAUAGUUAACUAAAUAGGUACGCAGAGCAGAGUGUUGUACAUUUAGAACGUUCACAAUGGCUACCGCGAAAGACACGUCUACUUUCUUUCUGGAGGCAGAUGCAAAACAAUUUGACAGUGUUUUAAAGUUAUACCCACAAGCUAUUAAAUUGAAAGCAGAACAGAAAACGAAGAAACCUGAAGAACUCAUAAAAUUGGACAACUGGUACCAGAAUGAAUUACCAAAGAAAAUCAAGUCGAGAGGCAAAGAAGCACAUAUGUUGCACGAGGAGCUGGUGCAACUCAUGAAAUGGAAGCAAGCUAGAGGAAGAUUUUAUCCACAAUUAUCAUAUCUGAUAAAAGUAAACACUCCAAGAGCGGUGAUGCAAGAGACAAAGAAAGCUUUUCGAAAAUUGCCAAACAUUGAAUCAGCAAUGACAGCGCUCAGUAAUCUCAAGGGAGUGGGCACAGCAACAGCAUCAGCACUCCUCGCGGCGGCAAGCCCAGAAAUUGCACCAUUCAUGGCCGAUGAAUGUAUACAAGCCAUCCCAGAAAUGGAAGGGAGCGAUUACACUGCCAAGGAAUACCUCAAUUUUGUUAAACAUAUUAGAAAUGUCUGUGAUAGAUUAAAUAAGGAACAAAAUGGCUGCGGUAAAAAAUGGUCCCCUCAUAUGGUUGAACUUGCAUUAUGGACACACAACAUAGUUUCGGAUCUGCAGCCAGAGCUACUGGGUAAGAAGCCCAAUAUCACCGUACCUACAAAUGGAGGAUCACCACUACCCAGUGAUGAAAGUAAUCUUGAACCACCAUCCACCAAUGGUAAUGGAAAGCUAGGCGGAGAAUCAGUGAACGACGACACAACGUCAUGCACAGAAGACUCUCUUGACGCAAAAGGAGCGUCACCCGCCACUCCUGCCUCGCCUUCCGAUAACUCUGACUCCGCACUCAGUACGCCCCGCGCGAAAAGACAAAUGGAAGAGGCGAGUUCAGCGGAAGAGAACUCUCUGGGCGAUUCGUUAGACGCGGCGCCACCGGUCGCCAAGAAGCUGCGGGAAGCUACGCACUGACACCCGCGCAACCCCACCGAGCGACCCUCGCGCGCCUAUAAAUAGCUUUUAGACUAAAAUAUUGUACCUAGGUAAUUUAUUUUUGAAUUCCGUUUAAUUUUUAAAUUAGCGUUAAGUUUUAAGAGUACCGGUCGAUUUUGUAAGUUUUAUAGGGUAUUGAAGUUUCGGAUGCGUUUAGACGGACUCGCACCGGGCGCUCCUCGAGAGUGUGAGAUUGUACAAUAUGACGUGAGUGUAAUUUCGGAGCGACUGGCGGCGAGGCCUAGUGUUAGGUUUCGUUUGUAAGAAUAUUAACGUUCGAAAGUUCGCAUCCCGCGUGACAUUCCAAUAAUCGUAACGAGUAGGGCGGCGAGGGCCGGGAGGGAGCCGGGACCGUCGCCGCAGGAUCCGGACCAGAUGCCUUGACGACGCCGACAGGCCGUCACACUCACUCCAUUGCCUUAUGACACAGUCUGCCCGCAGAGUUUAUAUGCAACAAGAUAAUACAAAGGUCGUGUUACCCGGGCGCCGGGCACACGGGCCCACAAUGUAGUUUUUAUUGAACAAAUAUAAGAUAUUAAUUUUAUAA